UCUGUGCGAAGAAAAUAAAUACUUUUCUUCAGCUCUACGCUUCUUGAUUCCUCCCUUCUUGAGUGUCUUCGUGAGUGUGAGUCUGAGUUCGAGCUCCGUAUUUAUCUGAAAACCCUAGAGUUUCUCACCUGAUAUCCGUCAUAUUCUUCACUUGUCGUGAAUCAUUCGAACUGAUUGAGCUUCUCAACUAUUGCAGAUCUCAGAUGCUUUGGGGUCUAUGUCUACCAGAGCCGCAUAUUCGCGAGCGGAUCCUCGGUAGUUUUUGUUAUUCGUUGGAUUCCGGAGGAACUACUUCAUUUGGGUCAAGGUCUGGGUCUCAUGAGAAUUGUUAGGGGGAUGCAGAGAUUGAUUCGGGAGGAGCAGAAGGCGCUGGGCUGGAAAAAGUCGUUCAGCCAAGGUAUUGGCGUCACCGUUCCCAAGGCCAGGGCGCGUGAUAAACCUCGCACUUUUAACCUCUGAGUUUUGAAGGGAGACUGGAAACAAGAGUAGUUUCAGCCGGAAAGUGGAAAUAGAACAAAGAUGACUCGUAUUUUGGUUCAGCGUGGCUCCUCUGGUUCUUCAUCGAACCCUAGUCGGUCGUCCUUGCCUAGCUCUUCUUCGGCUCCUAUACAGCAACUCGUCACACCGCAGCUUUCUUCUCCUCUCAAGGAAGAGGAACAGGAGGAUGUGCAGGAACCAGGGGCUUCAGAUGAUCUUCUGGAUCUUUGUGGAAAUGGAGAUGAUGAUAAGUCAGCUAAGCCUGGUGAAUUACUGCCUGAAAGCAAUCAGUUUGGGCAAAACGAAAAUGUGUCUGAUGAAUUUUUUGACAAGGAGAAAACUAUUGAUGAGGAUGCUGUGGAUUUUGGGGUCGUCACGAAUGAGUUUGGCAACAUACGGAUUUCAGAGAACCUCGAGUUAGAUGAAAAUCAAGGAUCGAGUGGUGGUUCUUCGCAGAUUGUCUCUAGUAGCUCCUAUCCCCCUCCUCCUCCAGUCCCACCACCUAAGCCCCUGGUAGCAAACCCGAGUUCAAGGAGAACUGUUUUGGGCAAUUCAAACACCGGUCGGAUUGGAUCUUCUAGAAGAUCAGUGGCCUGGCCUGUUACAGCCCGGACUUCCCCAUCUGGUUCACGACCUUCUUCUCCCAGGCCCUAUGGUGAAGGGGAGGGUUACAAUAGUGCAGAUGAACAGACUCCAUGUUUUGGAUCCUCCUAUGACGAUGCGGAGAGAGAACGCCAGUUUGAGAUUGAUAUAAGACGAGUCAAGGGUUUAGAAGUUAGACGAAUGGUGGAGGAUGGAAACUGCCUGUUCCGUGCUGUUGCAGAUCAAGUGUAUGGGGACACUGAAGCAUAUGAUUUGAUUAGGCAAUUGUGUAUCGAUUACAUGGAGAGGGAGAGGGAUCAUUUCUCCCAAUUUAUAACAGAAGGUUUCACAUCUUAUUGUAAGAGGAAGAGGCGAGACAAGGUGUAUGGAAACAAUGUGGAGAUCCAGGCACUAUCUGAAAUGUACAAUCGUCCUAUCCAUAUUUAUUCGUAUGGCACAGAACCUAUCAACAGUUUUCAUGGUAGCUACAGUACAGAUAGUCCUCCUAUCCGUUUAAGCUAUCAUCAUGGUAAUCAUUACAACUCUCUUGUUGAUCCACGCCGAUUGACAAUUGGUGCAGGCCUUGGAUUCAACAGUCUCCGUGGGACAAACAUUGAUAAAGAUCAAGUCAAGGCUGCUAUCAGAGCUCAACAAGAUCAGCAAAUUGAUAAUGCUCUUCUUGCUGAGGGACGAUUUUACUCAGAUCUUGAGCUCACUGAGAAAGAAAUUGAGCGGAUGGUGAUGGAUGCUUCACGGGCAGAGUAUCUUGCUAAUGACAAGUUCAGGCAGCAGGUUGGCUUCAGGGAAUCUUCCACUUCUAGUGCUGAGCCAUCAUCCUCGGGAGCUAUGACAGGGCCAUCGAGUAGGGAGUCCAAGAUGGAAUCUGCGACACAGAGAGGUUUUCCUGAUACUGUUCUUAGUAGCAGCAUGGAGAUGGUUUUAUCAAUGGGGUUCAGUUAUUUGCAAGUGAUUGAAGCAUAUAGCAUCUUCGGGGAUGAUGUGGAUUCGGUGGUUUGCUACCUAUUAGAGACGGACAGUAGUAGUAGACGCAAAGGGAAGGCAGCAGAAUAAGCGGAAGUAGGACCAGAGAUAAUUUAAUGGUAAUGGCUUCCUCCGGAUUACAGUGUAGGGGUAAAGAGAACUGAUUU